AUUUCUGGCAACCCAUCCAAGGCAGAAACGUCAAUAGUGUCAGAAGACGGAAGAAAAGCGAUCAAUAAGUUAAGAUAAGAGUGGUUGAGAAAUCUGCACAUGCCGUGCGUAAAAGUUAUUAAAAUUAUAUUACAUUAAAUAGGGCGUAUUAUAUUAAAGCCAAAUAAUUUUCAACAUAUGUUAUUAAUACUACUAGUUCUUACCCUAGAUUGUAACCUAUAAAAUAAUAAUUAAAACCUAUAUACAAAAAUUGGAUAGAUCUAAAUACUAAACGAAUUUUUUAUCGUUGCAUAAUACACGAUUAAAAAAUUGGAAGUGAUCUUUCCUUAGUUGAUUGUACAUCAACAAUAUAAAAAAUUCGUUUAUCCACGCCCGGAUAACGAUGCCGAAACAAGCUAACGAUUCGGAAGGAGGGAGCUUUAGUGAAACGUCACACUGUACCGGUGGAGACGACUCCCGUAUGGUACAAUGCGACAAGUGCGAUGAUUGGUACCACUUCGACUGCGUGGGAGUAAAUCAAGACGUCGAGAAUCAAGAUUGGCUGUGCCCUGUUAGCCAAGAUGAGCAGCAAGCCAAAACCAAGGUAUCGGCGAACCCAUUGUUGCCUGUAAGUACGCGUAGUACCAUAAUCACGCCAGAUGAAACACCGUUGUGUACCUCUUCCGACCUAGUGGCUAGCAUAGCUGUCACAUCUUCUUUGUUGUAUCCACCAAAUACAGUUUACCCUUCGAUUGGAAAAAAUGCCAAUGUUUCAAUGCCACCCCAAUCGCUUAUGCCCCCGACUUCGUUCAUGUCACCUUUUUGCUUUAUGCCACUAUAUCAGUCGACGCAAAUUAAUUAUUCGAUGCCUCCCAUACCAGCGAACUCGUCUGUUAGCCAGUCAAACCCAUAUGCGCCAAUAUCAAAGGUAAACAUGUCGGGUCAAUGUUAUACAGUGUCAUCAAGCGUCACUCAGCCUAUUCCGUCAGCACCGAUCACUGGUCCACCGAAGUCAAUUCCGUUUGCACAACCAACCGUUCUAAUAGAGGGAUCGAACAACCAGUUGCCAGAGUCACUUCAUCCAAACCAUCCUCCGCUAAAUCAGCAACGAGCAGUAGAGGAUAACCUGAGCCAGUGUUCUGAUGCAGCUUCCAGAAGAUUCACCAAGCAGAGACAGUUGGAAUUGCAGUUACAGCUUUUGGACGAAGAGAGAAAAAUCCAAGAAGCAGAAGAAUCGAACCGACGUGAAUACCUGCGUAAGCGACACGAGCUACUCAAAGAGAUGGCCAACGAAAAUGCCUCGUUAUCAGAUGUGGAGGAAGAACGAUCGAGCCGGCGAGUAUAUGAUUGGCUAAGUGCGUCAAAUAAUACAAAUGUGCACAGAUCGCGCUUAUUACCAGCUGAUGUUAAUCAAACUCAACCGAAUGACAGUCGGCAGAUUACUUAUCAGCAAGUAGGGAAUAAUGGAGCAGGCUUUAUGCCAAACUUACGCUCUACUCCAAGACUAACACCACCAAGAGAAAAUGAGAAUUACUUAUCAGGAAAACAACUCGCCGCACGUCAGGCGGUUUCGCGAGAACUCCCAAUAUUUAGUGGUGUUCCAGAAGAAUGGCCGUUGUUUUAUUCCACAUUCACGACAUCGACCGAAAUGUGUGGAUAUACGCAGGAGGAAAAUUUAAUUCGCCUUAUGAAGCUGUAAAAUGCAGGUUAAUGCAUCCGGCGAAUGUGCAGGGAAUCAUAUCGACCCUAAAUAUGUUGUAUGGUAAUCCCGAAAUAAUUAUACAUAAUUUAAUUGCAAAAAUCAAGACCACUCCGCCACCGAAACCCGAAAGACUGGACACAUAAGUCGAAUUCUCACUGGCAGUUCAACAUCUAUGCGCCACAAUAGAAGCCUGCCAGCUGGAUGAAUAUACAUAUAAUGUAGUGCUUCUACACGAACUUGUUGACAAGCUGCCUUCAUCGAUUAAGGUUGACUGGGCAAAAUAUCGACGAACUGUCCCACGCGUUAAUCUCACUACCUUUUCGACAUGGUUGUACGACCUGGCGGAAGCGGUCUGCCCACUUGCUACACUAUCAAUCAGUGAUCCGAGAGCGGCUCGUGGUAAAAAGGAAACAGCCUAUCUCAACGCACAUGCGGGUCAAGCAAACGAUGGUCAGCAGAACAGAACGAUUCGAACCAACAAACUAGCUCCACCAACUCCGACUGAGAAAUUAUGUCCAGUAUGCAAGGCCAGCUGCCCUUCGGUGGAAAAAUGUGCACGGUUCGUUGAGCUCGGAUACAAUUCCCGUUGGGCAACCGUAAAAGAGUUUGAGCUUUGCAGGAAAUGCUUGAAAAAACACAAAACAGCGUGCAAGUCUCAACAGAUUUGUGGAAAGAACAGAUGCCAAUUCAAGCAUCAUCAACUACUGCAUAAUCAUCAACGAGAAAGCAAUACUUCAUCAAAUACGCAAUGCGAGAACAAUGCUUCGACAUCUUCCGUGCCGAAAAGUAGCGAAUGGCAAUGUAAUACCCAUGUAAAGUCCACGAACGAAACACUGUUUCGGGUAGCUCCUGUCCUACUGCAUGGACCUGAAAAAAUCCUGAAAACCUAUGCGUUCCUGGAUGACGGGUCAUCACUUACGCUAAUGGAUGCCACUUUAGCAGCAGAGCUUAAGCUGAAUGGAAAAUUGGAACCCUUAUGUCUCCGAUGGACGAGCGGAAAAAGUCACCAAGAAAGACUCAUUACGAUUGAGCGUUGAGAUCUCCGGAACAGGGAAGAAUCACAAGAGGUAUCGUCUUCAAGAGGUACAUACCGUUUCUAGUCUCGACCUCUUUCAUCAGUCCGUCAAUGUCAAGGAAUUAGCAGACAAGUACCCGUACCUGAAUGGUAUCCCGGCUGAAUCAUACCAAGAUGUCCAGCCCCGUAUACUUAUCGGAAUUGAUAAUGCUAACCUAUCGUUUCCAUUAAAAGGCAAGGAAGGUAAACUUAACCAGCCGAUCGCCACAAAAACUCGGUUAGGCUGGAUCAUACACGGUGGAUCAAAACCGAGCGGUGAAUUCGUUGGGUAUCACAAGACGCAAAGGUGCUCUUGUGAUGAGCUGAACGAAGCGGCGGUGCGCGAAUAUUUCGCGGUCGAAAAUGUAGGCAUUUACCAACCGAAACAUUCACUUAUUUCAACUGAAGACCAACGAGCAAUAGAUAUUUUGAAAUCCUUCAAACAAACCGAAAGUGGACACUACGUUUCUCGAUUGCUGUGGAAGUAUGACAAUCUCCGCCUCCCGAAUAGUAGAUCCACGGCUUUACAACGUUGGCGUUGUUUGGAAUCACGCCUCAAAAGAGAUCCUGAGUUGGAGUCGAUACUUCGGAUGAAACUCAUCGAAUACUGCAAGAAAGGAUAUAUACGCAGGCUGAAGGAAGAUGAGCUAUCCCAACCCCGACCACGAAUAUGGUACCUUCCUAUCUUUCCAGUAUUCAACCCAAACAAACCGGGCAAGGUGCGAAUCGUUUGGGACGCAGCGGCGAAAACCAACGGAAUAUCCCUGAAUUCAAUGCUGCUCACCGGACCGGAUUUGCUGACGUCCCUUGUUUCUGUGCUCAUCAAGUUUCGGGAAAAUAAAGUGGCAAUAUGUGGAGAUGUGCGGGAAAUGUUCCACCAAGUGUGGAUUUCGAAAGAGGACCAAGAUUGUCAACGAUUUCUUUGGAAGAAAAAUCCAACAGAUGUAGCUCCAAGUACCUUUGUCAUGCAAGUGAUGACGUUUGGAGCAUGUUGUUCACCAAGCUGUGCCCAAUAUGCAGCGUUGCCAGGUAUCCAGAUUUAGCUGGAUUAUCCAGAUUUUUGGACAUGUAUCCAGGUAAACAGCUUUGAUGUCAAAUUAUCCAGAUUUUUCAUGGAUGAUCCAGAUUUUAUCCAGAUUUUAUUUUCUCUGUUCCGCAAAAAGGUCAUCACUUCAAUUUUGGCGCGAAAUUUUGCAAUUUUGUCACCUCAAAUUUUGCGUUCACCAAGACUUUUAUUCGAAAAAUUAACCUUUCACCCCACGAAAUGACUGCCAGAUUUUUUCCAGAUUUUUAUUUUGCCUUUUCCAGAUUUUUUAAAAAAUUACCUGGCAACGCUGCUAAUAUGUUAAAAACUUGAACGCCGAAAAACACGCAGGAGAGUACCCAGCAGCAGCAACGGCAAUAGUACAAAACCACUACGUGGAUGAUAUGCUGGUUAGCACGGAAACCGAAAAUGAAGCGAUUCGGUUGGCACAAGAGGUUCGCCACGUUCAAGCCAAGGCCGGAUUUCAAAUGGGUAGCUGGGUUUCCAACUCUUCAGCAGUGCUUGCUGCCUUGCAAAAGGAACGAAUCGACGAGAAGAGCCUUAAUCUAGGGUCAGAGCUAGCUACAGAGAAGGUUUUAGGCAUGUGGUGGCAGACUGCAACGGACGAGCUUACCUUCAAGUUAUCGCCAAAGCACGACAUUGGUCUUUUAUCCGGAGAACGGCGACCAACCAAGAGAGAGGUACUGAGGACCUACGAUCCUCUGGGACUGCUAUCGAACCUUCUGAUCUUCCUAAAGGUCCUGCUACAAAAAAUAUGGCGCGCAGGAGUUGGUUGGGAUGACGAAAUUCCGGAAAAACUUCAUGAACAAUGGGGGAAGUGGAUAGGAGUUUUGCCGUUAGUACAGGACGUCCGUAUCCAGCGAUGUUACCGCUCCCGGACGCAGAUUGCCCCAGAAACUAGAACACAGCUACACACCUUCGUCGAUGCUAGCGAGGAUGGCUAUGCAGCAGUAGUGUAUCUACUUUUUCAACAGAAAGGUGUUAUAGAAUGCGCAAUCGUGGCGGCAAAAGCGCGCGUUGCGCCGCUAAAGUUCGUCUCAAUUCCAAGGCUCGAGUUACAAACCGCAGUAAUUGGUGCGCGACUAGCGAACACGGUUGUUAGCAGCCUAUCAUUCAAGGUGGACGAUAAAUAUUUUUGGACUGACUCUCGCGAUGUUCUAUGUUGGAUACGGUCAGACCACCGCCGCUACUCGCAGUACGUCGCCUUUCGCGUUAGCACUAUCCUGGAGACCAGCGAUAUAGCAAACUGGAGAUGGGUUAGCUCUGAAGACAACGUAGCAGAUGAAGCAACAAAGUGGCAACGAUUGCCGGACCUUAGUAGAGAAAGUCGAUGGCUCAAAGGACCAAAAUUUCUACAGCAGAACAGCGAUGACUGGCCAUCCGAGCCGUUUACAACCGGUUCCACGACGGAAGAAAUACAGCCUAGUCUGCUCCAUCACCGAAUAACUUUAAAACCGCGUUUACCUGUAGAAGACUUCAGUAACUGGACACUUCUAAUCCGCGCUGUAGCUUACGCGCACCGAUUUCUCAAAAAUGGUAGAGCAAGGUACUGGAAGUCCAACGCGAGAUUGGCCCCCUUUCCUGCGCAGAGCUACAGCAAGCAAGUAAUCGUGUUAUUAGGCAGGCACAGUAUGACUCCUUCCCAGAGGAAAUAGAAAUUCUCCUGAGCAGCAACGCCACAGCGAAGGCUCUCCCGAAACAGAGGACGAUCUACACGAUGAGUCCGUUUCUAGACGAGCAACAAGUGAUGAGAAUGCGUGGAAGAAUCAGUCAGUGCGAAUAUGCUACAAUGGAUGCACGGAAUCCAAUCA